UCCUAACUGCAACUCUGUCUAUUUACCUGAUUAUUUUAGCAGCCUAUAUUGGGUUUGCUCUUCAGACAGCGUAGAUUUAAAAUGUCAUACCGCUCUUUAAUGUUGUAAUCUGCACAUUUUAAAGUAGGCAGCUAUUGUCUGGCAUUAAAAUGCCGUUCAACUGAUGACUUUUGAAGAACAGGCGCCAAUUGAGAUAAUCGCUCCACAAACUAGAACUAAUGAGUUCUCAGUAGAUUACUCCAGCUCUGGAAAGUUGACCUAGCGAUGAGGAUGAGACGCUGGAAAUUGAUAUUUUUCCUUGCAUUUUUGUUGUCAUCCCCUGCCCAUGGGAUGCACCCCAUGUGUCACUUCAUGUCAGAUCUGAAGACAGCAGAGGAUGACUGUACUGGGCGACUUAAGGAACAGCCCUACUUGUACUCCAAAGGAUGCAGGGGGACAUGGGAUAACAUAUCAUGCUGGGACCAUGCGGAGGUAGGAGAGAUGGUCAGCAAUCCUUGUCCAGCAGUGCUCCGAAACCUGUUUGGAAGAAAUGGAAUGAUCAGCAAAAACUGCACGGAGAAUGGAUGGUCUGACGUGUUUCCCAGCAUAAACAGUGCUUGCGGAUCUGAGGCUGAUACAGACAAGUUGGUGUUUUACAUGGUGGUGAAGACUCUGUACACACUGGGACACAGUUUGUCCUUGAUAGCUCUCAUCACAGGAAGUACCAUCCUCUGCCUUUUCAGAAAGCUUCACUGUACCCGGAAUUACAUCCACUUGAACCUCUUCUUGUCUUUCAUCUUGAGAGCUGUUGCCAUAUUGGUGAAGGACGCAGUGAUUUUCUCACACGAUACUGACUGCACAGAGCAGCCACCCCUGAUUGGAUGCAAGGCCUGCCUUGUUAUCUUUAACUACUUUGUCAUGGCCAAUUUCUUCUGGCUGCUGGUGGAGGGGCUGUACCUGCACACUUUGCUCAUGGUGAUAUUCUCCAAAAACAGACACUUCCUCAUUUAUCUCCUGAUUGGCUGGGGAAUUCCUACAGUGUUUCUGAUAGCAUGGGUUAUCACCCGGAUAUAUCUAGAAGAUACAGGAUGUUGGGAGAGAAAUGACAAUUCCAUUCCAUACAGAGUGAUCAAUGGGCCCAUCGUAUUCUCCAUUAUAGUGAACUUCAUUCUGUUUAUCAAUAUAAUUCGGAUCCUGGUUCAGAAGCUCAGGUGUGCAGAUGUGGGAGGAAAUGACCAGUCUCAGUACAGGAGACUGGCCAAGUCCACUCUACUGCUAAUCCCUUUGUUUGGAGUCAAUUAUGUCAUCUUUGUGUAUCUGAAUGAAAAUGAAGCCAUGGAAAAUUACAAAAUAUUUUUUGACCUGGCCAUUGGGUCAUUUCAGGGCUUGGUUGUGGCCAUACUCUACUGCUUUUUGAAUAGUGAGGUUCAGAGCGAGCUGAAGAGGAUGUGGAGGAGCGUCUGCCUGACCUAUUUGAGCCGUGAGUAUCGGCUUCAUAGCUCCUCCCUCUCUCAGAACGGCUCAGAGGCCAUGUCCCAGUUCCACCGGAAAUCCAGGGCCCAGUCCUUCCUACAGACUGAAACCACUGUCCUGUGAGGACCACCUCAUUCUUACAGCUUUCGGCAUCUUGGUGUUUCAUUUUUUACAUUACUGAGCGGGUUCUUGUAAUUGGAGACUUCCUUGAGGUGAUGAUAUCUUUGGUCUGUGUUGAUCUCACAUUUAUUUUUGUUUGUAUGGUUUUGAUAGACGAUCAUGCAGGUGUUUUACGCAAGGUGUAUCAAAUUUAUGAAUUAUGUCUUUACAGUUUUUCUCAAUUGUUUAAACACGUUUUCUGAAACUAUAGCUCAAUUUCUCAAAACUCUA